AUGGAAAAACCUAAUCAGACCUCCCUGCUGGUGGAAUUCAUUCUCCUGGGCCUCUCAGCCCACCCAAAGCUGGAGAAAAUGUUCUUUGUGCUCAUCCUGCUCACGUACCUGGUGAUCCUGCUGGGCAACGGGGUCCUCAUCGUGGUGACCAUCCUUGACUCCCGCCUGCACACGCCCAUGUACUUCUUCCUGGGGAACCUCUCCUUCCUGGACAUCUGCUACACAACCUCCUCAGUCCCUCUGGUCCUGGAUGGCUUCCUGACCCCCCAGAAGACCAUCUCCUUCUCAGCCUGUGCCAUACAGAUGUUCCUCUCCUUCUCCAUGGCGGGAACAGAGUGUGUGCUCCUGGGCAUGAUGGCGUUUGAUCGCUACGUGGCCAUCUGCAACCCCCUGAGGUACCCCGUGCUGAUGAGCCGCCGGCUCUGCUGCUUGCUGGCGGGAGCCGCCUGGGUCCUCUGCCUGCUCAAGUCGGUGACUGAGACAGUGAUCGCCAUGAGGCUGCCCUUCUGUGGCCAUCAGGUGGUCAGCCACUUCACCUGCGAGAUCCUGGCAGUCCUGAAGCUGGCCUGUGCUGACACGUCCAUCAGUGAGGCCUUCCUGCUGGUGGGCGCCAUCCUGCUGCUGCCUGUGCCCCUGGCCUUCAUCUGCCUGUCCUACACGCUCAUCCUGGCCACCACCCUGAGGGUGCCCUCGGCCGCGGGGCGCCGCAAAGCCUUCUCUACGUGCUCAGCACACCUGGCCGUGGUCAUGCUUUUCUACAGCACUGUGAUCUUCAUGUACAUGAAACCCAAGAGCAAGGAGGCCCGUGUCUCUGACGAGGUCUUCACGGUCCUCUACGCUGUGGUCACACCCAUGCUGAACCCCAUCAUCUACAGCCUGAGGAACAAGGAGGUGAAGGAGGCCGCCAGGAAGGUGUGGGGCAGGAUGCAGGCCUCUAGGUGA